AUGCCGGGGCUCCGGGGGCUGCGGCUCCCCCCGGCAGGGUUCCUGUUCCUGUUGCCAUUCCUGCUGCUGCUGCUGCCCGCAGCCCCUGCGCCCCAUCGGACUUCCUACAAGCCGGUCAUCGUGGUACACGGGCUCUUUGACAGCUCGUACAGCUUCCGCCACCUGCUGGAAUACAUCAAUGAGACACACCCCGGGACUGUGGUGACAGUGCUCGAUCUCUUCGAUGGGAGAGAGAGUUUGCGGCCCCUGUGGGAACAGGUGCAAGGGUUCCGAGAGGCUGUGGCCCCCAUCAUGGCAAAGGCCCCUCAAGGGGUGCAUCUCAUCUGCUACUCCCAGGGGGGCCUCGUGUGCCGGGCACUGCUCUCAGUGAUGGAUGAACACAAUGUGGAUUCUUUCAUCUCCCUCUCCUCUCCACAGAUGGGACAGUAUGGAGACACGGACUAUUUGAAGUGGCUGUUCCCCACCUCCAUGAGGUCUAACCUCUACCGGAUCUGCUAUAGCCCCUGGGGCCAGGAAUUCUCCAUCUGCAACUACUGGCACGACCCCCACCAUGAUGACUUGUACCUCAAUGCCAGCAGCUUCCUGGCCCUGAUCAAUGGAGAAAGAGACCAUCCCAAUGCCACUGUGUGGCGGAAGAACUUUCUUCGUGUGGGCCGCCUGGUGCUGAUUGGGGGCCCUGAUGAUGGUGUCAUUACCCCCUGGCAAUCCAGCUUCUUUGGUUUCUAUGAUGCAAACGAGACGGUCUUGGAGAUGGAAGAGCAACUGGUUUAUCUGCAUGAUUCUUUUGGGUUGAAGACUCUCUUGGCCCGGGGGGCCAUAGUGAGGUGUCCGAUGGCUGGGAUCUCCCACACGGUCUGGCACUCCAACCGUACCCUCUAUGAGACCUGCAUUGAACCUUGGCUCUCCUAAGGGGUCCCUCAGGAACUCCUCAGCCCAGAGACCAAGUGGUAGCCUUGGACAUCAGGCCCUAGUGUGCCUGUGACCACCUCAUCGCUCCCACACUGCCCCCCUCCAACCAGGGCUCCCAGGCCCCCUUCCCUGCACCUCUGUGAAUGACAAGUCCUGGUCUCCUCCAUCUCUUCUCUCAUUUGGGGGUUGCUCCAUGCUCUCCCAUCCUCCCAAGCCGAGGUUGGGAAGUGAGAAACCAGGUUUUUAACUUGUGGCUGCUCCUACUGCUGCUGCUCCCCCGUCUCUGGCCGUACAGGAGGAGAACCCAGCCCCUGCCCACCACAGGGGCCUCCUUCCAGGCCACUCAGGAUAUUUUUAGCUUCUGUUUUCCCUAUAUUCUCUUUUCUCUGAACUCCCCUGUGGUCAGCCCUCCCAAGCCCCAGGAAGGACCACCCAUGAGAGUGGGGUUCUGAGGCUCCCCUAUGGGGACGGUUCCGUUCUUGAAGUGUCAGUGCUGGGGAAUAUCUGUGGCCUGUGAGGCCCAUCUCAGGUUUGGGGAUCCCCCAGUCCCUAUGUUCAGUAUUGGGGUGCCCUCUGGGAGCCUAGUUUCUUUGAGGCUCCAGCCCCUCUUUUAGCUAUCCUUGAAUGGGUGUUACCCCUAUAUUUAUGGAAAUAAAGUUUCAUUUACUCAG